AUGAGCGUGCCAGUACACAGUACGACGACAAGCGCAGCAGUAACCUCAAAUGUUCUACUUUCUGGCGCAGCACAACCCAGUGUUAUCAUGUCAACACCCAAAAUCAACACUGUUGUUACAACACUGACACCGCCAGCACCACUUCCCAAUUUACAGUUCCCAACACUCGAUAUAUCGCAGAAUUCGGAGGCUAAAAAAUCUAAAGGUGGAGAUGUUAUUCAGCAUCGUGUCCCCUAUCCAGCAGCUUCCUCCACAAUUCAGACAGCAACAGCAACAGCGCCUGCUGCUGUUACGUCAAGUAAAGAAUCGACAACAGCACAAACGGCGACUGCUAAAAAAGACACACGUGUCACUUAUGCGUAUCAGCCUGGCAAAACGUAUCGAACAAAGCGUGUUUUUAAGGUAAUAAUAUUGGGCGAUGCUGGAGUUGGAAAAACUUGCCUCAGCUUUCGUUUUUGCAAUGGAAGGUUUCCGGCACAAACAGAAGCUACAAUUGGAGUGGAUUUCCGAGAGCGUUCGGUUGUUAUCGAUGGUGAACUCAUAAGAAUGUUUGCUGAUCAGAACGAUAUGGCUUUGUUCGAAACAUCAGCUUUAGCGGACACAGAAUCGGAUCACGUCGAAUCGAUUUUCAUGACCCUGGUCCAUAAGCUGCAACAGAGUAAACCAAUGCAUGUACAGAGUGAUGAAGAAAGGGCACAAAAGGAGCAGAGGCUACUGUUAAAAGCAGCUGAAGCUAGCAAAGAAGCCGACGAGAACGGAUGGUGCUGUUGA